AAUCCGAUUUCGGCUGGAAACGAUAGUUUUUAAUAAGGGGGGCGAGACACCAGCGGGUUCGCAAACCCUAGUCUUCGCUCGCGCAUACUCCCGGCUUUCCCAGAUCUCCAGUUUGCUCGGCGAUCCGGCGAGCGCAUGGCGAAGAUGGCACCGAUCAUGGCGGCGCGCGGGCAGGGGCUGGGCCAUCAGGUGCAGCAAGAUUUCGACUUUUUCUUGGUGGUGGACUUCGAGGCGACUUGCGAGAAGGACGCUCGGAUCUACCCGCAGGAGAUCAUUGAGUUUCCGGCCGUGCUCGUCGACGGCGCCACCGGCCUCAUCGAAUCCGCUUUCCGCAGGUACGUUCGCCCCAGACACCGGCCCGUGCUGACCCAGUUUUGCAGGGACCUCACCGGCAUCCGGCAGGAGGACGUAGACGGCGGCGUGGAUCUCGGCGAGGCGCUCUGGAUGCACGACGCUUGGCUGAAGGCGGCAACGGCGAAGGCAGGGAACAGGAGAUGCGUCCGCUUGGCCGUCGUGACCUGGGGGGACUGGGAUUGUCGCACCAUGCUGGAGUUCGAGUGUCGAUUCAAGGGGAUCGAGAAGCCCUCCUACUUUGAUCGCUGGAUCAACCUGAGGAUCCCCUUCCAGGCGGCUUUCGGUGGCGGAGGGCGGGUCAACCUGCAGGAGGCGGUGCGGGCGGCGGGACUGGACUGGGAGGGCCGCCUGCACUGCGGACUCGACGACGCGCGCAACACGGCGCGGCUUCUUGUUGAGAUCAUGCGGCGCGGGGUCAAGAUCGCCAUCACCGGCUCGCUGGCGCCGAUCCAGAAGCAGCCGCCUUCCACAAGCCAAUGCGGUGGCUCAUCGGCGCCACCGCUUCUGCUGCCGAUCCAGCAGCAGCCGCCUCACACAAGGCCUUGCGGUGGCUCAUCGGCGCCACCGCUUCUGCUGCCGAUCCAACAGCAGCAGCUGCCGCAGCCUCACAUAAGCCCCUGCGGUGGCUCCUCUGCGACGUGCUUGUGCUACUGCGGGGUGGUGACCAGAGGAGGCGGGGUGCCUGUGCUGGUGCCAGGGCCGAUGCAGGUCAACAGCUUCUUUGGGUGCGGCGACUGGACGCCGGCCAUGAGCUUCGUGUGGACCAAUUGAGCGAACGAGCCACGGCAUGAGACUGAGAUUCAGAAUCCAGUGCAGCUCAGCUGUUAGUGUUGAUCGUGCCAGCCAUCAGUAUCAGAGUCUGAGCUGAUUCUACUCUAGUCCUAGUCUAGUGGUCACUGAAAUCAAACUUGACCUCAGAAAUUAGUGUCUACUCUUGAUGUAAUUGGUCUCGAUUGUUAUCAUUAAUAGUAGAUUUGUUUAGUUAA